GUGCCACAGCUCCAUUAUUCUUAGACAUGUCCAACCUCCCAUUGUUUCGUGAUCCUUGGGCAAAGAGAGAAGCUUGGAGAAAGCAUCCCGUCUUCUCGAAUCGAGCUAUGUUCGGUAGCAUGUUCCCCGGACUGGGUAUCGCCAUUGUCGCUUUCUCUGCAUAUGUCGUAGCGGACAACUUCUACGGAAAAGUGAAGAAGGAGGAACAGAAGCAUUGAGAUAUUUGAAAGAUGUGUGAAGUUAGAGUCGACAAUAUAUUCGUGUCUGUCACUAGAGCCGGUGUUACUUUGGUGUAGAUAUGUGCUUUCAAUGCAAUCAUUUCGUGGAGCAUCCGUUUUAUUUUCCGUUGAUACACAAUCAUGAUGCAACCACGUCGCAGUUUAUGCAAGAAGACCUGGAUACGCGCAGUUUUACAAAUUUAUUGGAAGUUAUAUUGAAGGCAUCUGUUUAUCUUGGCUUAUAGAGUCGCCCUUUUUCGUAAUGAAAUGCUUCUUCAUCAGUAACGCCGUUGGAAUUACAAACUACUUCAAAUUGGCGUAUCAAA